UCUCCUCCGGCGUUAUCGGCCUCUGAGACUCCGGGGAGCGGUGGCGGCCCCCGGGACGCGGCCCGGGACCUCGAGGGGUCGUCCCCACCCCGGGCUCGGAUGGGAGGCGGCGGGAGCGGCGGCCUGGGAUGUUCGGUCUGAUGGCCAAUUGCUGCAGCUGGUUCAAGCGGUGGCGGGAGCCCGUCAGAAAGGUGACUCUCGUGAUGGUGGGACUUGAUAAUGCUGGUAAAACGGCAACAGCAAAGGGAAUCCAAGGAGAGCAUCCUGAAGAUGUAGCUCCUACUGUUGGAUUUUCCAAAAUCGACCUUAGACAAGGAAAGUUUGAAGUUACCAUCUUUGAUUUGGGAGGUGGAAAAAGAAUUCGAGGAAUCUGGAAGAAUUACUAUGCUGAAUCCUAUGGAGUUAUAUUUGUUGUGGAUUCUAGUGAUGAAGAGAGAAUGGAAGAGACUAAAGAGACAAUGUCAGAAGUGUUACGACAUCCACGGAUAUCUGGCAAGCCUAUACUGGUGUUGGCAAACAAACAAGACAAGGAAGGAGCUUUAGGAGAAGCUGAUGUGAUUGAGUGUCUUUCUCUAGAAAAAUUGGUCAAUGAACACAAGUGCCUAUGUCAAAUAGAACCUUGUUCAGCAGUCUUGGGAUAUGGAAAGAAAAUUGACAAGUCCAUUAAAAAAGGCCUGUAUUGGCUGCUACAUAUCAUUGCAAGAGACUUUGAUGCCUUAAAUGAACGCAUCCAAAAAGACACAACAGAGCAGCGUGCUCUUGAGGAACAAGAGAAAAGAGAAAGGGCUGAACGUGUGCGAAAAUUACGGGAAGAAAGAGAACAAAGAGAGCGGGAGCAGGCUGAACUUGAUGGAAAGAGUGGUUUGGCUGAGUUGGACCCAGAACCGGUUAUUGUUAAUCCUUUCCAGCCAAUUGCAUCUGUAAUCAUUGAGAAUGAAAAAAAGCUUGAAAAAGAAAAAAAGAAGCAAAGUAAGGAGAAUGACUGUGAUAGCUGCUCUCUGAAACAUAGCCCGGCUCAUGAGCAUUUGGAGACAGAGAGCCAGAUCAGUGAUAGUAGCCAAAAAAACAAUGAGUUUGGAAUAGUGGAAAAUUAUAAGGAGGCAUUAACACAGCAGCUGGAGAAUGAAGAUGAGACAGACCAGCGAUCAUCAGAAUCAGAUAACAGUAAAAAGAAAACUAAGAAGCUAAGAAUAAAGCGGAGUCACCGGGUAGAACCAGUGAAUACUGAUGAUUCUUCUACUCCAAAGAGUCCAACACCACCUCCACCUCCUCCUCCCGUUGGCUGGGGAACCCCCAAAGUCACUAGACUUCCAAAACUUGAACCUCUUGGUGAAACACGUCAUAAUGAUUUCUAUGGGAAGCCACUGCCUCCUUUGGUUGUGCGACACAGACCUAACAGUGAUGCUCAUGAUGUGAUCUCAUAACCCAAGUCAUGUGGAGGAGUGCACUGACUAUCACAGGAUGAAGUGAAGGUCGGACUUUCUCGAAGAAGAAAAACUGAACUUUGAUGACAGAAAUAUGAAUUUUACUGGGCAAAUGAUUUCCAUGAAGAGAUUACUAGCCAAAGAUCUAACUGAUCUAAUAAUUACUUACCCAUGCUCUUCAUGACUUAAAAAAAAAAAAAAGGAAACAAAAUGCCCAGCAGACAGAAUGAGCAUUUGGACCAAGUAAGGAAGAUUUGUGUUGAUUUUGGUUUAACCCUCUCUGCUCAUGACCUGAAGGAUAACAUCUUCAGAAAAAGAGCCAAUGGACUCUGCACACAUUCUUUACUCUUCGUUUAAUAGUCUUUAUUUCUAUAUCUUAAACAUGUUUUGUAAGAUACAUGUGUAUGGAAGGGAAACUCUUGGGAAUUUAUAACUUAAAUUUUUAACUUUUUAUAUUUUUCUAAAAAUUUAGUUUUAAGAAUUUAAUUACUAUGGUCUUGACUGCACUUUUCUAUAGAUGCUUUAUUUAAAUUGUGUCUGGAAAAAUGGAGUUGAUUAACUUGACAAACGUGAACUGUACACACAGAAUAUACUAAUAGAAGUUGAGGUAUGCUUUAUAAUAGUUUGAAGUGUCCAUCCCAAUUUCACCUAAUUUCAAAGUAACACCUUUUUUAAAAUAGAUUCUCAGAUCUCUAUUCUACCAAAUUAUGUUAUUUGAAAGUGCUACCCAAGAAGAAUGUUCAGUUUUGGACUGUUUCUUUUCUUUGCUGAUAAUGCAAAAUAAAUGAAAGAGGCAUAAAAUACUUUUUUUACCUAAAUGUUUUUUAAAUUAAAAAUAUUAUGUGAGAUAAUAUUAGGAGUCCCAGUAAACAGCUGUUUUAAGGGAUACACUUUUCAGAGAUCAAGAAGUGCUCCUUCUAACUACCUUGUUCUGUUAGAAGCUAGUGACUCUUAGCGUAGUCUAAUUCUUUCAUGCCUUGAUCUUAAAGGCAAAAAAAAGAUUGAAAAAGCUGCUGUAGGUCCAGAGACUUGUUCUUUACAACCAGGAGACACUAAAGCAAUAAGAAUAAAAAUGUUAGCUCAAAAUUACUUUUAUAAGAAAUAAUUCCAGAAUAAUUUUUCAAUUUAAAAUAAUAGCACUUUUCUUGCACUUAAGAAUAUCAUCUAUAGGAUUUUCUUUUUGGCGUUUAGGCACACAUUUAGAUGCAUAUUUUAAGUAAUAGAUUCAAAAUGUUAUGUUUAAUUGAAAACAUAUGUUAAUAUCAAGACUAAACAGUAUAAUUCCUUUACCACCUUGUUAAAAUUGGUUAGGUUGAUAACUUAUAGUGACAGUAGACUGAUAUCUGAUAAUAACAUAUAAUUAUUUCUAAGGCAGUUUAGUAUGGUUAUUUUUAAUAUGUCAGAACAUCACAUUUUAGUCACAUGUUUAAAUACCUUAAAUUUUCAUUAAUCAGUCACUUAUUACUCUAGUCAGCAUCAUACAUAAUUUCUUAAGAGUUUUAUACACGGGACCUAUUUGGCACACUGAAUAAAAAGCUUUAUAUUUACUUUAGGUAUAAAAUUCCUAACAACUUAAAUUUGAUAGGAGGCUAAAAUAUGAGGAAAAGCAGCACAAGAAGAUAGGCUAUAAACUUUGCAUUGGAUUUUAGAGAAGAAAGCUUGUUUGUUUUGGUUCAUUUUGUAACAUCUAUACUUGUUCAUUUUAAAAAACUAAAGUCAUACUUUUGCUAUGUUUAUAAUUUUCAUCUAAUUUGAGAGUAAAUACAAGUUUUUUUAAAACUUUUGUUUCCUACAGUGAUUAUUAUAGUAUAUAAUAAUUACUGGAUUCAUUUAAUAAGAGUAAAUAAAAUGAUUUUGAA